ACCCCAAAACCACCAAUUACAAGAUCAACACCUCCCAUUAUUAAACUCCCAUCUCCAUACCUUUCUUCUUCAAAUUCCACUCUCUUUCUCUCUCCUCGCCCUCUAAAAACAAAAAAAAAAAAAACAAAUUUCAACCAUCAGAUGUGGCGGUUGGCGGCGGCAGUGAGAAGUAAACUCCACAACAUAAGGAAGAGCCCACGAGUGGCUGAUGAAAGCAUGUUCAGCGGCGGUGGAGUUGACGGCGGCGGAAGGGUGGUCGACGGCGGCCGCCGUAGAGAGAGAAAUUCACAUGGGGUUUCGAUAAUUUACAAUGUUCUUCGAACCCCAUUUUCGUUUCUAUCUUGCUUCUCUCACCCACAUGUUAAUGGCGUCGACGGGAUGUGGGUCUCCGGCGAGUUCGCCAGAAUAUCUGAAGUGAAUCAUCUUAUGGUAAGUGACAGCAUGAGAUAUGCUAUCUUAAUGUAAAUGGGUUUGUGUGGAUAUUUGUUAUAGAGCCAUUGGGACUUAGUUUGGAUCCUUUUAGUAUUACAAUUGUUGGGUCGGAAUUCAAAUCUUGGAUCGAAAUGUUACCGAGUUAUGUUUCGAUUCGUGUUUGAAUUCGAGUUAGGUUUCAAAUAUGCAUGUAUAAAACAAUGUAUCACUUCACAAAUUACAAAAUUUUUCAAUCACAUUUGUCAUCU